GGGGAGCGGAGUAGAGUGGCUUGGAGAAGAGGCGACUGCUACUGGAAAAGUACAACUUUAAACUUGGGUACGCGAAACAGGAGGGGAUUGGUGGACUUGAGUGGAUAGGUCAGCAACAUUUUCAGCCUCAGAGGCUGUAUGAUUUGAGACGGUGAGGGUGUAAUUGUUGGUGAAUGAGGGUUAGAAAGCUAGAGCAACCUCCACAUAACCUUCAAGGGUCCAGCGCCAAGCUUUGUAGUUCGAGUUCAAGGUACAGCGCAUCAGUGACAGGGCGCCAUAAUUUUGGUCUGUGGUCCACCACUGGAUACAUAUUACAUCUUGCGACAUCGCAACCAGCACUCUCUCCUUGGGUAUUUCUACACUCAACAGAUAUCGCAAUCAAGCAAAAUGGCAGACGCCGCCACAACCUCCACAGAGCCAGAAUCCAAAGCCGCCCAACAAGCCAGACUACGAAAAGAGAAACGGGAAGCAAAGAUCAGAGCUGGGGGCUCAGCAAGACUCAACAAGAUCACAGGUCUAGGAGGUGGUGUCCAGAGAGGUAGGAUUCAAAUUUCUUCCUGAAAGACUAUGUAGAUUGUAUACUGAUUGAAUAGAUCCACCACCUCCACCAGCGCAACAUGCAGACCCCGAAGAAGUAGAUAUCUCAGAACACUACUACGAGCCCACAAGACCCUCACAGCGCGCCAAACUCCCCUCCCAACCCGACAUGGGCGAUGAGCAACUCCGUCAAAUGAUGCUAGGCUUCGACCCCGCCGGCGCACCAGGAGGACUGAACCCAUUCGCUGGAUUCCCCGGCAUGGGAGGGCCAGGUAUGGGCGCAGGAGGACCACCAGGAGACGACCCAAUGAUGGCCAUGCUACAACAAAUAAUGGGUGGUAUGCCCGGCGAAGGAAAAGGCGGAAUGCCCUCGUUCCCUGGCAUGGGACCGAUGCCCGGGAUGCCAGGUCAAGCCGCAGCCGUGGAAGCCAAUCCCUAUGCCUACCUCUGGCGAAUCGUGCAUGCUAUCUUUGCGCUUGGGCUGGGACUAUACAUUGCGUUCACGACUACAUUCAUAGGAUCCAAGAUGGAGCGGGAACGAAGUAGGUUAGGCUAUCAUACCGCAGGUGAUAGUUUGAGUCCGGGGACCGUGCAGUUCUUUUAUAUCUUUGCUACUGUCGAGGUGGUCUUGCAGACGGCGCGGUUCAUGUUGGAGAAGGGGAAGGUGCAGCCGGCGGGAUGGAUGGGGACGGUGUUGGGGUUCUUGCCUGAGCCGUAUAGGGGGUAUGUGCAUUUGGUGUUGAGGUAUUCUAGGAUAUGGACGACGUUGAGUGGGGAUGCGAUGGUGUGUGUUUUUGUUUUGGGGGUUUGUGUUUGGGUGAGGGGUGGGCAGGUUGCUUGA